GUCACACGUGGACCGGAAACAGUAAGGUGGAAUGCCGGAAAUUCUUUUUGUUGACCAUCGGAUAUUUUCUUUUUUGGCAUAUUUGAGUUCUGUUAAUUCACUGUUUUUUCUAUUCUUACUUAAUGUGUUGAAUCGUGGAGCGGUAACACCAUUAAUAAUAACAUUACCCGUGUUAGACAAGAGGGUUUCACAUAGGUGUUGCAUUAUUGUCUUAAUUGUAGUCGGGCCCGAGGUCGGGCUAAUUCUUAGCCUAGCAUCUAGUCCUGCUAGCUAGCGUUAGCUUGUGUUAGCUGUCAGUCUAGCUGGCUUAAAAGCCAGCCGUUCGCCCACUUAAUAACUCAUUAAUAAGAACUGUCAAAACAAAAACUCCAAAACCAUGGCAGUUGUCAACGAAGGUUCCCUUAAGAAAAUGCUGAAGCAAUACAAAUACAGAGAUCUGACUGUUCGUGAGAUAACCAAUGUCAUCUCCCAGUACAAGGACUUGAAGCCGCUUAUGGAUGCUUAUGUGUUUAAUGAUGGCUCCGCAAGAGACCUGAUGAGCUUAACAGGAACUGUCCCAGUGAGCUAUAGAGGCAAUGUCUACAACAUCCCAGUGUGUCUGUGGUUGCUGGACACAUAUCCCUACAACCCUCCCAUAUGUUUUGUCAAACCUACCAGUGCCAUGAUGAUCAAAACUGGCAAGCACAUCGAUGCCAACGGCAAGAUCUACCUGCCUUAUCUACAUGAGUGGAAGCAUCCUCAGUCCGACCUGUAUGGUCUGAUUCAGGUGAUGAUUGUGGUUUUUGGAGAGGAGCCUCCUGUGUUUUCGCGCCCCACCACACAAGCCCCCUACCAAGCGUUCCAAGCAGCUGGACCUCCUAACUCUUCCUACAUGCCUGGCAUGCCUGUGGUCUCACCCUAUGGCCCAAAUCCUAACCCAGGAGGCUACCCAGGAUACCAAUACCCAGGCGGCAACUCCUACCCAGCCAGUGCUGGACCUGCACACUACCCCACCCAGACUCCAGUUUCCACAGUGGGCCCAAGCAGAGAUGGCACCAUUGGCGAGGACACCAUUCGCGCUUCUCUGAUCUCAGCUGUGAGCGACAAGCUGCGCUGGAGAAUGAAGGAGGAGAUGGACAGAGCUCAGGCGGAGCUGGACGCCCUGAAGCGAACAGAGGAGGACCUGAAGAAAGGACAUCAGAAACUGGAGGAGAUGGUCUCAAGGCUGGACCAGGAAGUGUCCGAGGUUGACAGGAAUAUCGAGCUGCUGAAGAGAAAGGAUGAGGAGCUGAGUGAGGCCCUGGAGAAGAUGGAGAACCAAUCAGAGAACAAUGACAUUGACGACGUCAUCGUGCCCACAGCUCCGCUGUACAAACAGAUCCUGAACUUAUAUGCUGAAGAAAAUGCAAUUGAGGACACUAUCUUCUACCUGGGAGAGGCCCUCCGCAGGGGCGUCAUAGACCUGGAGGUUUUUCUUAAGCACGUACGCCUUCUGUCCAGGAAGCAGUUCCAGCUCCGUGCCCUCAUGCAGAAAGCCCGCAAGACUGCUGGCCUUAGUGACCUCUACUGACCCACGCUGACUACUUGGAAACCUUUAUCUUCAUAUUUUAAUGCUCUCUCACUCUCUUCUUCCUCCUCUGUUUUAUAACCUUUUUAAUGUCCUCUUGUAGCUGUCAUUUAUUUUUUUUGAAUCUCUAAACUAUCUGUUAUUGUAAGACAGACAUCUGUACAGCAACAAUCGAGAACCAUUAGAAAUGCAACAUUUAUGAAAUACUGGAUUGUCCAAUGUGGCCACAGUUCUCGCAGGACAUCAUUUGUAUUUUGAACUGACCAAAAAAGUCUUUGAGAUCAUUAUGCAUUAACAGCCAUAACCCAUGUGCAAGACAUGACACCCUUACUUUAGUGCGCCAAUAUUAAGUAAAAACCAUUUCAACUACAUUGUGAACCAGGUACUGCAGUUGACCCAAAAACGUGCUUAACACACACAUGCCAUAUUGGUAAAAGUGACCUGGGAGCCUGUUUUGUGUUUGCCCCUGAGUGUUUGUGGUGUAGCUGGUUUGGCGUACAGUGAGUUAACGUGUUGACCUGUAUGUGUUGCAAAACCCCUUUGCCAGACAAAGUCAUUUAGCUAGUAAGCACAAAUUUUUCGGGGCUUGUCAACAGGGGCUUUGUAGAAAGCCCCCAUUUGUCUACUGCCUUCAUAAUAUAAAAGGUUUGGCUCUGAUAUAAAUACCCAGGCCAACAUUUCUGGAAGGACGGGACGGGCGGGGUGGGGUUGAGCCUCAGGAUUUAAUGCUGUAUGAGGUCUGGGUCAUGUUCAGGAGUCAUGGAGUCAAAGGGAUCACCUUUCAAGUGGAGGUGAUGACGGACAUGAACUGGGUUUCUUCACUUUUGUUUGAGUCUUUAAAUGGGCUACAGUUUUGAGCUGCCCUGCCACUUGACCUAACUAUUAUAUUUGUUUCCUGUUACCCUGUGUCUCUGGACAAGGUGGUGGGGGAAGUUCUUUGUGUCAGCUGCUCAGGUCUGGAUGCAUUAACCUCUCAAUCAUGUACAGUGGUUGUUUCUCUUUCAAGUGGAUGACGGUCUUGACAUACUUUAUUUAAAAAGAAAUUGUAUUUUCUUUACUUUUCUGUUUUUUCUUGUGUUGUCCACUUAUUCCCAGUCCAGCUAAGAGGUUUAGGUUUCAGGAAACAUGAGGAAAAAGUUGUGAAUAAAUCCGGAGGGGGGGGGGGGGGAUGAAACAUAUUGUACUAAUCAAAAGUUAACUUAUGUAAAGUUUGCAAACAGGUCUCAUUUAAAUUAGCCUUUUACUAAAUGCACUUUGAAUUGUAUGAUAGAAUGUCUGCUGUUAUGUUUUUCUUGUUUCCAAUUCAACCGUAGAUCACCUGUUCUUUCAUAUCUGUAGAUUUAUGUAAAUCAAGUACAAAUAAAAGACAUUAGAUUUAA